CACCGCACCGCACUCCUCGCUUUCCCCUUUCCCCCGAUUCUUACAAAAAGUAAACGCGCCAGCCGCCAGGCCCAGAGAACCUUCGCCCCAUCGCCACUACCUCCGAUUGAUUCUCCCCCGCCACCGCCCGCCGCCCACCGCACCGCAUCAUUCCUCCUCAUCCGUCGCCAAUCCGCAUAAGGCAGAGCUCCAGCCCGUUUCAUUGCAGAACCAGACUAAACUCAUCGCGUGCCAUGGCGUCGAUGCAGGCUCCCGCGCCGGCGCCGGCGGGGUACCCGACGCACGGCGGCCAGGCCGCGCGCCCGCAGUCCACGGCCGUCGCCGUCACGGCGGCCAGCAACGGCGCCGGCAACCCCUACGUGCAAGUCACCCCGGCCAGCGCGUCCCCGUCCACCUGCCAGUCCAUCAUGAAGGCGCUGGGGCGGUACGGGAAGCUGCUGGAGGACGGCACCCGCAAGGCCGCCGACACCACCGGCAACAUCUGGAACCACCUCCGGACGGCGCCGAACAUGGCGGACGCGGCGGUGGCGCGGCUGGCGCAGGGGACCAAGGUGUACGCGGAGGGCGGGCACGAGCGGGUGUUCCACCAGGUGUUCGGCGGCGUGCCGGGGGAGCAGCUCCGCAAGGCCUACGCCUGCUACCUCUCCACCUCCUCCGGCCCCGUCAUCGGCACGCUCUACCUCUCCACCGCCCGCCUCGCCUUCUGCAGCGACUCGCCCGUCUCCUACCACGCCCCCUCCCCCACCCAGCCGCCCGAGCCCAUGUACUACAAGGUGGUGCUUCCGCUGAACCAGGUGAGGACGGUGAGCCCGUCGGCCAGCAUGUGGAGGCCGUCGGAGCGGUACAUCCAGGUGGCCACCACCGACAGCCACGAGUUCUGGUUCAUGGGCUUCGUCUCCUACGACAAGGCGCUCAAGCACCUCUCCGACGCCCUGCAGCGCCGUCCCUGACCGAUCUCCCGCCGUCUGCACCAUCGCCGCUGCUAUAAGCUCCGGUUCUCCGGCAGUGGCACUGUCCUGUCAGUGACUGAUCAGUGUUUGUACUCUUCUUUCCUGUACCGCAACUCGCCCCAUCAGCAGUUCUUGCUCUGGAAUAAUUAUAAGACACCAAUAAAGCUCCGUUGCCUGC